AUGGGCCUGAUGCCCUCCCCAGAUCAGCAAAGUUGCUGCUGCCAGCACGGGUCGCGGUGCACCUGCGCUCUCAAGAAAGACCACCUCGACCCGGUCCCUGAAGACAUCUCGCAACUCCACCAUGCGAAGGAUCAUGCGAAACACCGCCAUAACAUGAACUCCCAUGACCCCAAAACGACGAUAUUCACCAACGGGCAUCACAAGCCAGUUCACAAGUUCAAUGAUGCUCACAACCAGCUCGGAACCCCAUAUAAGAUCCCAUCGCGCUCGAACUCGCUUCAUGGCCACAGGGAGAUUGCUCAGCGUUCCACCGACAGUCUUCCGCUGACCAAGUUCGCCAAACCUUUCCACGAAUCGCCCCUCCAUAACUCGAUAACAGAGGCUAUGCAAAUUGUGGAACGGAAGGUCAAGUCAGAACACAAUUCGCCCGUGCUCGGACCAACAAGAAUGGGAGGGCAUUCGUCAAUACAGGACUUCAAGAUACCCAAUUUCGACCCCCGCGCGUAUGCAUAUUCGCCGUUUGGCACAGAUACACCGCCAACCCAGCCAAACAGCUUACAAAACAGCCAAAACCCAAGUCUGCAAGAUCUGACACUCCCAGAGCGGUUUCCGGAGAACUGGUUCAUGACCUAUGAACAAGCUCAUGAUUACGAGCCCCCACCGUGGGCAAGGUUCAACGACACCUCUUCCACCGACUGGAACAACUUGAACCUAGAUGGCGGUAAUGGUUUCUACAGCCUGAAAAAGGAAAACUCGCCGUACAUGUUGUCCCAGCAAGCUGCUUUCCAGGCUUCUGAGCUGACGAGCCAAAUCAAUCAAGUGGGGAUUACAUCCUCGAGCGAAGAGCCUUCGGAGGUCGAGGAUCAAUCUCCUCCAUCCAUCGCCAACCCGUGGGGUGCCGAACGGUCACUAGCAAAUGAUCGACAGACUGGUCUGGACGCGUUUAACGAUUACAGCAGCGUCGGCGGAGAUGACGCCUCUGAUCGGUUCCGGCUCAGUUCAGCCUCGUCUUACUUUGGGACGCCUCAAGCAAACAUGCUGGCCAAUGACAACCUCGGGAGUCUCGACAUUGACGAUUAUCUGAAGCAGGCGGAAGCGGAGACGAAAAGAAUGCAAAUGCAACAUCAGUUGGCGCAGAUGCAGAUGAACCCGCAAGAGUCCCAAACCCCGUCGCGAUUAUCGAGUGUCAGCAGAGGUAUAACACCCAGCAUUUCUACACCAGGAAGCACUGGCAACGGCGAGCAUCCAUACACCAUCCGUGAGGCACAGAGAUAUGCACAUCCUGAUGGGGUAGCGAAUGUUUCCGUGGAGCAGCCCAGAGCUGCAAUGCCGCCGUCGUAUCUGACAGAUGAUCCGGCGUGGUCAGUAGCGCCUGAUAUGAGCCACCCGGAACUGGUCCUGGACGACGAACGAGAAGAUGAGGACUGGGUUCGGUAG